AUGCAGAAAUCUGAAGAACAAAUACGUUACUACGUCAAUGGGGCCGUAAUCAGGACAUACGAGAGAUAUACAAACGAGGAGAGGGCCGGGUUGGAGGAGACGAACAUACCUGCGAAGACGAAAGAUGAGAUGGCGGGACGAGUCGCGACUUCAAGAUGCCUGUGGGAUUUCUCCAAGAGGUUGCGGAGCCGCGGUCACCCACCUCUGCGAAGACGACGAGCGCGGCGGCGGGAGAUGCGAUGGGGGACACGAACUCUGCCGCGGGCGUCGCGAAUGAUGGCGGUUGCGGGAGAUGCGAAGGGGAGGAGACCUGCGGCGGCGAGUUGGGACGGGGACGCGUCACGGGCGCGAUUGCGAAACCCUAGCGAAAUGAGGUUUGGCUUUCCGCGGAAGCGAUCUGAGCCCCGCUUCUGGCGUCGCGUGGGCGGGCGACUUCUCAUCCAAGCGCGGCGCGGAGAAGCGGCAGGAGAAGCUGGGCGUUUGGUAGCCGCUUCAGCUUCUGGCGGCCAGAAUCCCCCCAAAAGCUCAACCAAACGGGCACUAUGUAUCUAUCGAUCCAUCACCACCGGUCCACUCCACUCCCUCGCACGUUAGACCGACGUAGGUACGUGCCGACCCGUCCCGUUCCCGUUCCCGUGACAGGCGCACACGACGGACGGACGAGGACUUACCGUCCACCACCGAUCGUCGCCAGUCGCUUGAAGCGAACGCCCUCGAUCGGUGGUCGGCGGCCGGCCAUCGGCGUCGCGAUCCCGACCCGUCGUAGCUAGCUGCGCGCGCGCCAGAUAUACAUGUUGGCCAUGGCGGGCUCUAGAUGCGCGAUCGUGUAAUAACAGGUGGCCGGCCGGUGGGUUACGGAUGAAGCAGCCCGCCCCGGGCAGGCACAGUGACCGCCCGCCGUCCGGGUGGAACC